UGCCCAGUUGAUCAUGGCAGAAGGGUUUCGAACAGAUGCCAAUCUUGGAGGAACCGAGAAGGUUGCAAUCUGUGACCCCACAAAUGCAGCCAUGCUGGAGAGCAAGUACACGGCCAUGGCAUCGCUCCACCCAGAGUGUUCUGAGCUUCCUCCCUUCAGCGUGGGCUACGUCAAGGGCUGGCACCGUUGCACGGCUUUGCUUGGGCUCCUCGGUGGAUUGUAUGAGCUCCAGUUCCCUCUUGCAGAAGUGCCAGAUCAUUUCAAGGCGUCCGUGAAAACCAUCCAUGGAACUGUGGGCUCCUACGCCACGCCCCGUGAGCAAGUGUUUGCGAACAGGGGGAUUACGCUUGCCUCUACCGGCACUCGCAGAGCCCCGAACUGCUUCGUGUUUUUGAGACAGGUUGAAGUGCUCCAACGGGCAGGGCAUGGAAAUGCCACGCAACAGUUCGAGGAAUGGGGCAAUGCGACCGCCAUCAGUCGAGCCUUUAACAUCGGAAAGCAGGAAUCGAACGCAGUGUCAAACCUCCAGUCCAAUGUCACCAUGGACACCCGGCUCCGAUUGAAGGCUGUCAUCAAGACAAAGGGCAUGCGGAACUUCCUCCAUCAUGAAGUGAUUGGACGUGGUAUCUUCAACGUUGGGUUUUCCAGUGCCAGUGGACCGACCGAAGGGUGGGUGAGCGCCAUGACGAACACCGACAGUUCUGAACUGGUUCUUUUCCUGAUUGAGCGCAUGUGCUGUGACUGGGACCAUCAAGCUAUCAAGAAAGCAUUCACCUACAAAGAUGCCUUGGCUCUCCACCAGUCGACUGCCAUGUUCCUUCAUUUCUUGGGCCGGCUCAAGCAGGUAUGCCCAGUGUCAGAUGAGGUAGUGGAUCAAUUGAAGUCUCAAUUCCUGCUUGGAGGGGUCGAUCCUGAACUGCAAGUGACGGCAGAACAGUCAGUACCCCCUGGAGACCUCAAAGCGGUUGGAGUGUUCAGGGCUUUGUUGGUUAAGCGCGAGACCGAGAUUCAGAUCCAGGCCGAUGAGAAGGCGCAGGAGUUGGCCAAGAAAGUGGCUGCUGCCACGUUGGAGCAACUGCGUGCGCAGCUGACUGCAGACGUGGAGAAGUUCCGCAACCAGCUCCCAUCCAAGUUGGAUGAAACUGUGGAGUUUGCGAAGGAUAUGAAGUACAUUCGGGAUCGCCAGAUGUUUGUGGUUGCUUGCAUGGAUUGCACCGUUUGGCCUUCGAACAACAAGUAUGUCAUGGACUGUUUGGACCUGAUGCACAACGUCUGUGCCUUGAGUUCUCGGAACGUUGGUCAUAUCCAAUUGCCGAUGCACCACUCAAGCACGACCAUGCAGGCAAUCAUCAAGCAUCGUCGCAAGCUGGAAGAUGCAAUGUUGGCCACUAACUCUGAGAUCAGGCAUGGUGUCACGCUUAUGUUUGCAAAGGAUUCCACCCGAUCUGGCUCUGAUCGACGGCCAGCCACCCAGAAUGUUUUGACCCUGUUCUCGGACAAGUCGUGCAAGUGGAAUGAAAGUGAAGCCUUGCAGAGUGGCUGCAUUGGGCCCUUGCCUUUGAUUCGCGUGUCGGACAUGCAAGGGUUUGCGGAGUUUGGUCGGGCUUGCGUGCAGCGAACGCUGGGUGGGCAAACCCAACCUCGUGUGGUCUACUAUGGUCUCUUGAGAGAGGAGCACAAGAAGGUCAUGGCGGAGAUCGAAGCUGAUGUCUUUAAGCAUUGGGACAGCUUGGCAUCAUCCCCUUCAAAGACGCGACCACGUCCACCAGCUGAGGAGUUGAAGGUGGAAGGUUUGACCAUGUGCACUUUCAGCGCUGCUACUGGUGCUUGUUGGCCGGAUCAUGUUUUGGAGAAGUUUCCAGCUCACAGUGCCGAACACAAAGAGCUUGCCGAGAUGAAGAACAAGUUGUAUGAAGAAUUUCCCCGUCCAUCUUCGAAUGCUGCGUCUGCAGCUCCUGGUUCGGCGCCGCCACGGGUAGUUGGGAGGCCCGACUUCACCGAUUCAGAGAACCCACCGUUGGAUGUGGAGCGCAUGAUCGAUGUUGAGACUGUGUCCCCACCUCCACCGGCUGAGAGGUUGGCAUCAGUGGUGGGCAAACACGGCAGACCCUCGAUCAUUGUCUCAAAGAACUUUGACGUGUUCAUUGGGAACGAGACCCAGGCAGCGGCUACUUACACAGCUUGUGAGCUGUUUGGCUUUGGAACAGGCAACUUCGAGUUCAAACUUGUCCAUGGAGGAAUCCGCGACUCAAGUGGAUUGGCUUGGAGAUUUCAGUCUGACACGGACAUCGUGGCCGUGGAUAAGAAGUUGUGUUGCAUUGCCGAUUUCAUGCAUCGCUGUGCCACGCAACAGGGCCUGGCUGACGUGGGCAUCCAAGAGCACACCAUCAAACCUAAGAUGCAUGCGGCUGAGGCUGGUGAGAACGAGCCGCUCCCAGUUCCUUUCCGGUACACAGUGGAGCCUUUGGAAUCGAAGCGUACCCACGUGUUUAGGCCCAAUCCUUUGACUGGGAACAAUGUCGAGAUGAAGGUCGCCAGUGUCGGAGCUUUAUGGAUCGGAAACUGGGACAAGCUUCCAGAGAGCAAGAUGGCGAAGUGCGUUUGGGAGGUGGAGCUGCGAGGGAACAAGCUGUCCGCCAUCAAGCCCAAGAUGUUUCUGACUUGCGCCCUGGCCCUGCCAAAUGAUGCAUGGUGCAAGCUGAAGUAGAUCAUGUUGUCAACCCUGGAGCACGGUUCGGUGCACAAGGGGUGUAUCCGAAGAUUUUGGCGAGAUUAAGGCAGGCAGACUCCAG